UCCUCGUAACGAACACAAGCUCUCCUCGAUCUCCUUGUGAUAAUUAACCAUGGAAACCCUUCACUACUUGGGUCUCUUACUCUCUUUUGUUAUUGUCACCUACAAACUGCUCUUCCAAAACAAGAAUGGUAAGCAGUACAAGAACCUCCCUCCGAGCCCUCCCGGUGCACUUCCCAUAAUAGGCCAUUUUCUCACUUUGAAGAAACCCGUCCACGAGGGUUUAUACAAUCUCUGCACCAAAUAUGGGCCUAUACUCUAUCUCCGAUUAGGUCCACGACCGGCUCUUGUCGUCGGUAGCCAUGAGGUCAUCGAGGAAUGCCUGACCAAGCAUGACCUCAAUUUUGCCACACGUCCCAUCUUUCUCUCCAAAAAGCUUGUCACCUACGACUUCACCACCCUCGGUUACACCCCCUACGGCCAGCACUGGCGCAAUCUCCGCCGCCUCACCACCCUCGAAAUAUUGUCUAAUACUCGUAUGCAGAUGACUUCCUAUAUCCGGGUGGAGGAGGUCCGGAAGCUUACCAAGAAUCUGUAUGAUAACUUCCUCAAAGCGGGUGUUUCAAAGGCCAACAUGAAGUCUUUCUUUUACAUGUUCACGUUUAAUACUGUGAUAAAGAUGCUAUCAGGGGAGAGAUAUUUUGGUGAGGAUGACAUGGGUUCUGCGAAAGGGAAGGGUAGAUUGGAGGAUCUAAUGAAGAUAUUCUGUUCGAGUGAGGGCAUCAACUUGAGUGAUUUCUUCCCAAUGUUGAGGUGGUUGCCGUUUUACAGAGUGGAGAAGAAGAUGAUGAAAGACCACAAAAAGAGGGAUGCUUUCUUGCAGGGAUUCGUUGAGGAUCAAAGGAAGAUGAGAGCAGCUAAUCCUAAUCGGGUCACUGUUAAGGACAAGAGACCAAUCAUCGAUGUCUUGUUGUCGUUGCAAGAAACAGAUCCUGAAUUCUGCACCGACGAGGUCAUCAAGGGGAUUAUACUGGUAAUGUUAACGGCAGGAACAGACACGACAGCUCAGGCAGCAACGUACGCAGCGCAAGAUCUGGUAGCUCAUCCAGAGUGCUUGAAGAAGGCAAGGGAAGAGAUCGACUCUGUUGUCGGAACAUCUCGUCUCAUCGAAGACGCGGAUCUUAACAAACUCCCAUACCUAAACUGCUUGGUGAACGAGUCACUUAGAUUGGGUCCCGCAGCUCCGAUGCCACUCCCACAUCUCAACAUGGAGGAUUGCACAGUCGGAGGCUACGACGUUCCUAAAGGCACCAUGUUAUUUGUGAACAUAUGGGCUUUGCACAGAGAUCCUAGUCUGUGGGAGGACCCUUACGCCUUCAAGCCAGAGAGAUUCCUUGGAUACGAAGGUGAUCAGAAAGCAGGGCUAAAGUUUAUACCAUUUGGAGCAGGAAGAAGACAGUGCCCAGGCAUCACUAUGGGGACAAGAGUCAUGGCCAUCGCUUUGGGGACACUGAUCCAGUGCUUCGAUUGGGAAAAGCCACAAGGAGAAUACGCCAACGAAAUUAUAUUCACUCCUCGUCAGCCUCUCACCGCUGCACUUUCCCACCUAUGAAUGAAGAGAAUCGAAGUAAACUAUAUAUAUAUAUCAUAUCUAUCUGCGUGUGUGUGCACACUGCACACUAGCUAGUUUAAUAUAAUGCAUCUGCAAAUAAUGCAAAUAAAUAUGUAUAAUUAUCUUUGAAUUAUUUCCGCGUGCUCAUAAUAAUACGUCAUUUUUUGUUGUU